AUGCUGAUUGCUUGCUGUCUUUGGGUUAUUAUAGCUACUCAAUCUAAUGGACCUGAUCCUCAGGGCUGGAUGGACAAACAGGUUCAAGGAGGAUUAGAUAGAUUGCUAAGAACACACUUCAUCAGACGCUUCCCACUCAUCUUCGACGGUGGGUUUCUAAAGUACUCAUAUACGUUUACUCUUCCCCGACCACUGACCGCUUCGCUUACUCACUUACUCCAUCUUUCGAAAACGUACGACACACCUCUUGCUAAUCAAAUGAGGAAUGUGAUAAAGCUAAUAUCUCAAAAUCAAGAACAAAAGCUACAUCAUCGCGUACAAGAAGCUUCUAUGUUAAUAUCGCGGCGAAGCAAGAAGAAGAGGAACCCCGAAAGUCAAGAAAGUACUAAUAACGCGAAGAGAAAACGUAAAUCUCCCCAAGAGAACAGUCUUCCAGUUUCACAAGAAGUGGAAGAUACGGACUCGUCUCAAAGGACUGAAGCGUAUCUUCAAGCAGUCCAUAAUCAGCGGUCGCAAUUUGAGGGAGAAGGAUCCAUGAAAACGGAGAGAAGGUUGAAUAGAAUCGUUGGUGAUGUCAUAGGAUGUAUCGGUAGAUCAUCAUUCGAGUGUAGGAGGAAAAGGUGUGGCAAGCUGAGUUAUGGGCAGGUACCCCUGGUCCACUAUCCAAUCUUUGAAGAUAUAGGUCAAGAAGGAGAGAAUCUGGAUGACUUGCUCAUCGAAGAAGAAGAAGAGUACGAAUAUGUGGAAGAGGAGAACUCUUUGUCCUUGGAAGAGGGAUCUUUGACCGCUCCCCAAGGUGACAAAGUUGGGUAUCACACCAUCUCAGACAUUUGCGAGAAGAUUCAAGAGAUAAGCUGUUCAAACGCUAUCAUCACGGAUGAAGAACCAGAUAACAACGAAGGUGAAGAUGCAGAUGAAGACGAAGUCGAGGAAACUGACGAACUGGUUAUACUAGAAUAA